ACUUUUCAAAUCAUUUUAUGACCAAUUAAAAGCUUCUAAGAUGUUUAAAUAAGAUUUGCCAAACACCAUCUAAGUAGGACAAACCAAAGAUUUUCAUAGAAAAGUAUGUGUAAUAUUGUUAAUUUUGAGAUCAUUAUUUGCAUUAAAAAUUUUCAAAUACUUCUUUUUUUACCAAAACCAAAAGGCUAAACAUAACCUUUUGAGUUUACGAAUAUUCAGACUUAUAACUUCAGUAAACAUUAAUACAUUAAUGGCCUACAAAUACACAGCCUCAUGUAUGAUUUCCCGUAUCAAACUAGUUGGAGUUCAAUAAAUGAAAAUUUUAAACUUCCAGCAUGAGUUUCAUGUAAAAUUUGUUAUUUAUUAUGUAGGAGUUACAUGUUUGGUCUCAAGAUUAAUUAUGGCAUGUUUUAAAUUAAAUGCCAGAUACAUGCGCACUUAUUACACUACUACAAUCAGACGUUACUCACUUCUUUCUAUGUAGUUAUUUUGAUUGAAGAUCAAUUUAAAAUGCCCAUUAUAAGUUGUGUAUGAACAUUUUAUUUGCUAAUAUUGUUAUAGUCUUUGAUUAAUGUGAAAAUUUGAUUAUCGUUCCGCAAAGUAGCAAGCAUUAAGCCCAUCCUGAUAUUUCCAGGGCUAAGGCCAAGGUAUAUUUUUGUUAUUAAAUACUUGAACAAUUAUGUACGUUCGCGAUAUUUUUAUCCCUUUUGUUAUGCAUAAACUGAAAAAUAAAGCUUUUUUAGAUCAAAAUACUUCAUUAUUUUCGAGAAGUGAAAAUAAAAUUUUAAAAAUUACACAAGUUUGUGCGCAUUAUUUUUGACAUAAAAAAAAAAAUACACGCACGUAUAAAAUUAUUAUGUUUUUGUUGUAUUCUUUUCUGAAAUACUUUAAAAUUGAACCCAUUCAUAACCAAUUGCAAUAAAUUUGGCCACUUUGGCAUUUGAUUUUAUCAUAGAUUCAACAUAAAUGGUCCGAUAUUGGUUUCCUCGUAUCAUCAAUUGCUAACAUAAAAGAUAUAAAACAUUAACCUGGACAUCAAAUGUAAUAUUUUUCUUCCUCUUCUGCAUUAGCCACGCUCGACUUUAUGCUACAUGUAAUGAGAUAUGGAUUACGCCAUCAUAGCACCUAUUCCUUAAUUAUUUACAAUGACGACUCAAAUAAAUCUUUAAUUACUAAAUCCUCCCUACUCCUCGACACAGUUAUUCUUCUAACUCCAGGAAUGAAAAUUAAUGUUCAGGGCAAGAUGCUUGUUAUUUUGUGCUCUCUACUUCUCGCAGGUUGUGCUAUUGCAACCUGUGAUUCAUCUUAUGACUACUCAGCCAGCAUUCAAUGCCUGGCUGAGCCUUUGAAUCCUCAAUAUGGAGGUGGCCUGGUGGGGAACCCUAAUUUUGAUUCGGGUUUGGAUGAAUGGAGUGCGUUUGGAGGUGGAAAAGUUGUAGUGAGAAAAUCUAAGAAUGGUAACAAUUAUAUGGCAGCAUACCGUAGAAUUCUGCCGAGUGAUAGUUUUUCGCAUGUAUUUUAUCUUCAGAAAGAUCUUUUAUAUACCUUUUCAGCAUGGUUGCAACUCGAUAAAGGGAAAGACAUCAUAUCGGCUUUUUUGGAAAUUCCAAAGGGACAAAGUAUAAUUGUUGGUUCGGUAAUAGCAAAAUCUGGCUGCUGGUCCAUGCUUAAAGGAGGAUUUACAGUCCAUGAAAAUAUGAAAGCUGAAAUUUAUUUUACGAGUAAAAACACUCAAGUUGAACUUUGGAUAGACAAUGUCUCACUAAAGCCAUUCACCAGAAUAGAAUGGCAACAACAACAAAACAAAAGCAUCGAUCGGGUGCGCAAGAGGAAAAUAAGAAUCCAUGUAACUACCCAGGAGGGGCUGAAGCUCCCAGGCGCAAGUAUCAUCGUCAAUCAAAUAAGGCCUUAUUUUCCGCUUGGCUGCAGCACUGCGGGGACUAUCAUAAAUCACAAGCCUUAUCAAGACUGGUUCACCUCUCGUUUCACCGCGACGACCUUCAACAACGAAAUGAAGUGGUACUAUACAGAAGUAUAUCCAGGGAAAGAAAACUACACGGUCACGGACGCCAUGGUUUCAUUUUUCAAGAAAAACAGGAUUGCCAUAAGAGGCCACGCCAUUCUUUGGGCUGCCGGGAAUGUGACCCAACCUUGGGUAAAACUUCUACCCCCUAAGGAGAUUCUGAACGCAGCCGUCCGACGAACGGGAUCUGUCGUUUCAAGGUAUUUGGGCGAUGUUAUUGCGUGGGAUGUCAUGAAUGAGAACUUGCACUACUCCUUCUAUGAAGAGAAAAUCAGGCCAAAUGCUACCGCUAUGUUUUACCAGAUUGCUCGGGCAUUGGAUCCCCAAACUCCCCUGUUUUUAAACGAGUAUAAUACUCUGGAGUUCCCUCUUGAUAUGGCAGUGAUCCCGUCCAAGUAUGUGGAAAAGAUCAGGGAGAUAAGAUCCUUUCCGGGCAACGAGCGCCUGAAAAUGCAAAUUGGAUUACAAGGCCAUUUCUGGCGAAAACCAAAUGUUUCUCACAUGCGAGCUACAUUGGACGUUCUUGGAGCGAUUAAUACCCCGAUUUGGCUCACCGAACUCGAUACUAAGAGGGGUCCAAAUCAGGCUGCCCAACUGGAGGAGGUUAUGAGGGAGGCGUUCUCACAUCCUGCGGUGGAAGGAAUCAUUGUGUGGGGAGGGUGGAAGCCGACAGGUUGUAACCAGACAUGCUUGACGGACAAGAAUUACGACGUGUUGCCGAAAGGAUGCGCUGAAAUGUGCCUGAUAGACAACAAUUUCAAGAACCUGCCGGCAGGAGAUGUUGUGGAUAAGUUGAUCAAUGAAUGGAAAACUACAAAUGUAACAGGCGUGACAGACGGGGAUGGAGUUUUUGAACAUAAAGUGUUUCUUGGGGAUUAUUCAGUUACUUAUUCUCAUCCAUUGAUUCCUCGUCCUGUGAAUAAAAUAUUCAGUGUGAGGAAGGAGAAAGGGCCGUUGGAAUUAUGGCUCCCUCUGUAAUAAUUCCUUUGUUUGGAUUACAUAUUUAGCUUCUUGAAUAAUAAGCCCAUGAGCGUGUGUUUCUCAGGGGUCCUUUUAAUAACACAUAACCCAUAAAUUCUACAUGGGAGAACAAUCUAGUUCCGCCGCCUCCAACCAAGCAUGUCUCCGUUGUACUUGUAACUCUGCCAGCUCUCUGAAACCUACACCAUCUCCGGAUCAAGUCUCUGCCCACUCACCAUUCUCAACCACUCUGCAACUUUACUGUCAAUCGGUCACCC